AUGGCGUCCGCUGCAAAGCAAACCCUCAGCAACUUAGUUGGCUACGGCUCGAACGAGGCCAUGUCUCUUAUUAACCUAAACUUUGUCGAUAGGACUCAUAAUCCGAAUACCUCGUCCGCCGGAACUACCCAUACCUCAUCUUCCACCGCCGCUACGCAUGAUACUACCCCAAGCAGAGCUACAAACACUACAUCUGCCCCUACCGUUCAUGAUUUAACCACCGCGGAAGGAAUUGGAGGUAGUCAUUCCCAUGCUGGCCAUGCAGAUGCCACUCGCCACCACCACGAAGGCACUCAGCAUCCUGUAGGGAGUCAGCAAGGUGGAAGCACUCAAAUCCAUGAAGGAGUUCGUCAUCAAGAAGGUACUCACCACCACGGAGGAAUUCAAUCCCAUGGAGACACUCGUCACCAUGAAGGUACUCAGCAUCCCGUAGGGAUUCAGCAAGUUGGAGGCACUCAAUUCCAUGAAGGCACUCAUCAUCAAGAAGGUACACCCCGCCAUGAAGGAACCCAACACCCUGUAGGGAAUCAGCAAGGUGGUAGCACUCAGCCCCAUGAAGGUACUCAGCACCACGGAGAGACUCAGCACCACGAAGGCCAUCAUCUCCCGCAUAUCCCUCACUUGCACAAGUCCUCUUCCCACAAAGAUUCGGAUUCGUCGGCUGUCCCCGACCGCGAUGUGCAGACCCCAAAUCAAGGACCAGAUCCAGCUCUGGUCGGCGAGCCCGCCACAGGUUCGAGCAAAUUGACUGGCUCAGCUGAGCCUGGCUCGCACAGUGCCGUCUUUGGGUUAACUCCGGAUGGCAAGAAAUAUGACAAAACGUCAUCAAAGUCGACGCCCCUCAAACCGGCAAGCAGCAAACAACCGGCCUUGGCUGACAAGACUGAGAGCAACGACACUUCGUCGCGUGCUCCUACUGGCCAAGGGGUGCAUGAACAGUUGCACAAGCCUGAAACCGGUGCUAAGGGGCUUGAAAGAACCGACCCUACUCCCACCUCCGCUGGCUCGGAGGGUAAGCCCGGCUCCGGGUUGGAUCCAGUGUCCCGAGGCAGUGGAUCGGUUCCAGCGAAGUAG